UUUUGGAAUUUAAAUCAUCGGCCUGGCAGUCAUGAGUCAAAAAAUUGUGGGAUUAUUUGUGGCUAUAAUUGCUGUAGCCAGUGCAGUCAAGGUGCCCAUUACCGUCUAUUAUGAAUCGCUGUGUCCGGAUAGUGCCAAGCUGAUCACUGAGCAAAUUUAUCCAGCCGUUAAAGGAGAAUUGAAAGACCAUGUUAACAUUGAGUGGGUGCCAUUCGGUAAAUCACAGUUCUCCACACAAGGUUCGGAUGUUAUGUUCACAUGCCAUCAUGGUCCCAAUGAGUGCUAUGGCAACAAGGUGCAUGCCUGUGCCAUUGAACACAUUCAGGCCAACUCGUACCAGGUUGAAUUCACACGUGAAUCUCUCACUUUGGACUUUAUCAAUUGCAUGAUGAAAAUCGGCAAGAAUUUCCCCGAUAAUGUCUAUCCAGGAGCUAAGUGUGCCCGUGACAACCAAAUUAACACCUGGGAGAAUAUUCAGACAUGUGCCAACAACACCGAGGGCAGUCAAUUGUUGAUGAAGCAUGGCCAGACCACCAAUCACUUUAUGAAUCCAUUGAAGAGUGUGCCCGUUGUGGUUUUCAAAAAUCAAUACGAUGCCAAAGUCAAUGACCGUGCUCAAAGCGAUUUUGUCGGUGUAUUGUGCAGUUACAUUUCCCAACCCAUGCCCAAAAUCUGUGCCAGCCGCAAUUCAGCUGUAAGCAUUGCUGCUAUCUCUGCUCCUUUCAUGGGUCUCUUGGCUUAUGCUUUGACUAAGCUUUUCAACUAAACAAAAAACAAGCAAA